GAAAUGCUGUGAAUUUGCCCUGGGAUUUUAGCGUAAGGAAGUUGGUGUUGCAUUAUGGGAAAUUUGACGUCACAGCGCUGUACGAGAAAGAUGGGGAGUAGGCAGUAAAGCAGGCCAAAUUUGUUUAUUUUUGUUGCUUUCCCCCGAAAUAUUAACUUAUGGAAUAUAUAUAAAUAUCAAAGACCACAUCGAGAUGGCUAAAUAUCGAUGUAGUUACUGCCAGAGUGAUAUUUCGGGGUACAGAGCGCAGUGUGCUGAAUGUGUCGACAUUGACCUUUGUUUACAGUGUUUCUCAUGUGGCGCUGAACUUGGUUCUCAUAAACGUGACCACAGCUACAAAAUUCUGGAUGACAGUCCCAUUGGUGCAUUUGACAUAGCAAGAACAUGGAGUCUAGCAGAGGAAACCAUGCUCUUAGAUGCAGUAGAGCAGUAUGGAUUUGGAAACUGGGAUGAUGUAGCGAGCCAUGUAGAAUCUCGAUCAGCGGAGGAGUGUCAAGACCAUUAUGUUACUUUCUAUGUCAAUGGAAGUAUUGGAAAAGAAACCAUUGUUCUGACCAAAAGCCCCGUCAAAGAUCAUUCCUGUCCAGAAGGAGGUCCCCUGUCUCCCAGCAUCACCACCCCCAUCCGCCCCAUUGAACUCAGUGUCCAGGAACAGCAUGACCUUGGUUACAUGCCAUUCAGGGACGAUUUUGAAAGGGAGCAUGACAAUGAAGCAGAAACUGUGAUAAGUAGCCUGGCCAAUAAUUACGAUGAUGAUGAACUGGAUAUAGCUGUGAAGCUUGUACAGGUUGACAGAUACCGGACCAGGUUAAAAGAGCGGGAAAGACGGAAACGAAUCGCCAGAGAAUAUAAUUUAAUUCAAACUGCUGCAUCACUCAUCAAACCAAAAUCACAAACCCCCAAAAAGCGCACAUCUAAAGAAGAAAAGGAAUUCCAGGAAAAAAUGAAAGUAUUUGCUCAAUUCCAGUCCUCAUCUGAUCAUGAACAGUUUCUGGAGAAAUGUCAAGAAGAGAAGGAGCUGAAGGCCAGAAUCACAGAACUCUGGAAAUACAGGGAAAAUGGGAUCACCAAAAUGGAUGAGGUAGAUGAUUAUGAGGAUGAAUUGUACAAGCGAGAGAAGAAAAAAGAGAAUAAGAAGAAAUUGGGCAGCUCCUCCCCAGUAAAGAGGGUGUCAAUGGUCUCAAAAAAAGCCGCCGGCGGUAUAGAAGAAAAAUUAGAUAUACUCAUCGACGACGAAGGGUUAAAAGAUGAAGGAGACGAGAAUGAGAUGAAGGAUAUGUCCAUACUCCCCAGCUAUGGCAUGCUGUCAGAGAGAGAGAAGAAGCUCUGCAAUUCCAUUGGGAUGACCCCAGCAAACUAUAUGACCAUCAAAACUUGUAUAAUCAAGGAUUAUCUACAGCGACGGCAGGGUAUUCCAGUCAAGAUCCGCUAUCCUAGUGGGCUUGACAAAACCCACCGGCGGAAAAUCAUGAGCUUCCUGACAGAUAACGGCUGGAUAAUGGCUGUCUGAGGCACCUGAGAGGGGAUAUACAGAGGAGGGACCGGAGGGAGGAGGCCAGUCUUCACAGUGCAGGGAAUUCCAGAAUUGUGUGUAAGCUGUAGAGGGACAUGAUGGAGGGGGCUGUUAGAGCCCUAGGAAGAGGGGGGACACCCAGCAGACAGAGAGUGAUUAAGAGACGAAAGUUUGGAUUUCUGUGUAAAGAAAAUGAUUCUCAAUCAUUUUCAAAAAUGUACAAAACUGGUUAUGCUUAUGUUGAACAGAGAGCACUAAAAACAUUUAUGUUUUGUGGUUUGUUAAAGCAUUGUCUUUAGUUUGGUUUUUAUUUGAGGUAUAAUGCAACUAGAAGUUGUAAAACAAGUUACUAAAGGUUAUGAGACAUAGUGAUGUACACACUAGUACAAUGUAUGCACUGCCGUGGAACACUCAAGUUCCUUGUAUAUAGAAUUACCGCCUGUUUUCUUCUUCUAAUCAUUUUUUCCGUCCAGGAAACUCGAUGUUAAUGCCAUGUUUCUUAAUGUUAAUUCUGUGUAAUGGCAAGGCAGUCUGAAAUUCCAUUGAUUACUGUUUAAGUAAAUAUACUUAUGUCAGUGGGAUAGGGAGUCAUAUUUUGGCAACUUACACACUGAAUAUAAAGAAUAAUUUAGUUCAAGCUAAAGAAUGAAUUCCCAUAGAAGUAAUGAAUUAAAAAACAACAGCACCGAUUCAUUUCAAUUUUCUGCAAAGGUGUCAAGUUCUAAACAAAUUAAUGUACAUUCAGUAUUCAUAUUUCAUAUUAACAUGAUUAACCAUUAACUAAGGUCAGAGUUCACCAAUAGUCACUGUAAGGUAAGAUUGUGUAAAUGUUUUUGUACGACUCGUACAAUUUUUUAUAUUUGUAUAAAUGGUUUUAUAUGGUGUGUGUUAUUUUUUAUUAGUAAUUAUUUUGUGUAAUUUAUUUUGUAUGGAAUUGUAUGGUUGAUAGAUGUAAAAAAUUGUGAGGUUUCACAGGAAGUUUGAUGAGUGAAAUUUCAUAUAAUGAGAUUUAUUUCUGUUCAUAAUGAACUUGAGCUUUAAUUUAACUAUUAAAAGUACUAAUAAAUUCA